GCGACGGCGAGCGGGAGCGGCGGCCGGCGACGAGGACGACGGCUAGGGUUUCUCCGCGGCCGAAUCGGAACCACGAGAGAUGGAUGGGAGCGUGCUGGGUGUCUCGGGCGCGAAUUGCGGCGGCGAUGUGGCGGCGGACGAGUUCAAGUAUUUCUCCGGGGUGAGCACCAUCUUCGUGGCCAACAUCCAGGAGGUGAAGGAUCGUGUCUCCCAGAUUGAGUUGAUCUUCUGCAGCCAGCUCUUCCCGCACGUCCAGUCCAUGUCGAAGCUACUCGAGGCGCAGCUGGCCAACGCCGCGGAGGCGGCAAAGGAUGAGUGGAGGGAGAGGGAGGCCGGCCUGGUGCGCCGACUGGAGGAGCUGAGCAGCGGGAAGAGGCACGCGGAGGAGAAGGCCCUGCAGCUGGGUUGCUCUCUUGAGGAGAUGAAGGGGAGCCUUGCGGAUGCGGUCGCGAGGCAUGAGGUUGAGAAGAAGCAGCUUCUGGGGAGGUUGGAGGAUGAAUUGGGGAAGAAAGAUGAGGUUGUUCGUCGGCUAGAGAGGGAGAUUGCGGAGAAGGCGGCUGAUGUGUCCAGGGAGAGAGAUGCCCACCAGAGGCUGCUGGAGCAGGUUGCGUUGAAGGAUAAGGAACUGCUUCUUGAACAGAAUAAGCGGGCGGAGGUGAUCGAGGAUUACACUAAGCUGAAGACAUUGUACAAGGAAUUGAAGUCAAAGUACACAUUUCUCACCAGGAAGAUCGACCAGAAUGAAAGUUCCAAGUCUGCUUUCAACAAUCUGGCAGAACAGAAAUCCUCCUCUAAAAGUCCUCCAAGCAAGAGAAAGCUCAAAGAUCUGGUGGACACAAAGAAGGAUAACGUUCAGGUAGUUUCUAAGACCAAAGAUGAGAAGAAUGGUCUUGCUUCAUGUGCAAAGGCAGGAGGUAUCCAACAUGAUAGCUCACUCAUCAGGAGUCCAUUCAGUAACUCGCGCCUUUGUCUACCGUCUCGUCCAACCAACACUCCACCAAAGAAUGCUAUUAGCAAUUCAAAAACAGAGGCAACAUCUAGUUUCGCCCGCCCAAGUCUACACUGGAGGGAGACUCGUGCGUGUAAAGAACCAGGUGUUGUAGAUCCACAUGAUGAUUUCCUUGAUACACCUCUGGAGGCUGUUAAAAACAUGAUCAGGAAUCCUACAACUCGAGAAGAAGCACAAGCUCUUGCUGCCUGUCCUCCUCAGGAUAUGGACUUCAAUAACUCUGAUGAUGAGACUCAAGAUGUUAAUAUUGCCACCCAGGGACUGAAAAACAUGCCAGUUCCCAAGCAGCAAAGUACAAUUUCAAUACAUCCAUCAAGUAAAGGUUUCAAAUACACAGAACCUGUAAGAAAAAAGGCUGACCGGGAGAAUCUGAAAGGCGUUGAGUGCAAACAAUGCAAGAAAUUCUAUGACGCUGUUCUUCCAGAUGGCCGUGCAAAUGGUGAUGGUGCGAACUCUACAAGCAUGAGGUGCGAGCAUCAUGAUGGUGUAUCCAGACAUCGCUACAGGUAUGCUCCACCAUUGACACCAGAAGGGUUUUGGAACAUUGGGUUUGAAUCAGAAAUGUAGCACUCGAAGUAGGAUGUGCUCUUCAUUGGUUAGUGUAGUGCCUUGCUACAACAUAUGUUCUCAAUCAGCCCCAGAUAUUAUCAAUAAUGUCAGUAGUAAAUCUCAUGCUGUCAUGCUGGGGAAACGCACAUAAUUUCUUUUAAAGAUUAUAUGCUUGGAUAGAAUGUCAAUUUGUUGAAAACAGAAUAUACUGUCACUUGGGGUUGUCAUGUAAAUGUCCUCUAACAUUGAAAAGCAGUCGAAUAAUCUUUGAUGGGAAGCCUUAUACCGUGGCCUGACCUUUUUUGUUAAACAUUUACAAAUCUUUAAUGGGAAGCAUAUGCAGUUGUU